CGUGAGUUUUCCUUUCCGGCGUAUUGAAAAGUGAAAACCAAAAAAUAUUUGUUGUUGACACGUGGUUAAAUAAGUUGUCACAGAGCGGAUGCGACACUGGAAGGAAGAACAUGACAUCUUAUCCAAGAAAUCCAGACGACAGUGAAACGACACCCAAGGAAAAUAUUCCGGGCGUGCCUGAUUACGGAUGGCGAGUGAAACUUGAUUAUGAAUGCAAGACGAAAUGUACCCCGUUCACCAAACCUCGCCUGAGUCAGAUACCGUCACUAAUCGGACUGUCACUAAGGUAUAUGAAAGCUUACAUGUCUGGAAUUCUUAAUUUUUCAUUUAACACAAUAUUCUGUAAGGAAUGUAAAUUGAAAUCCUUCCCGGCUGAGCUGUAUCUUCCUCGAAGGUUUGGGUUUACCAAAUUUAUCCUGUGUGUCCGUAAGAAUGGUAAGACAGUGUACCAGAAGGUCCUGACAGGGCGUAAGGGCAAGCACCUAAAGGCCUGGGAUUGGGGAUUCCCUACCCAGGAUGCCACCUACCACGCACUCUACCCCCGUGCCUGGACAGUCUACGACAUUCCUGAAUACAAACUGCGUCUUGUUUGUCGUCAAAUCUCCCCAAUAUUUCCACACGACUACAAGGAGACAAGCUUUCCUAUGGGAGUGUUUGUGUGGUCGGUGGAGAACAGUGGAUCAGACCCAUUGGAUGUUAGUAUCGCCUUUACCUUCAAAAACGGAACAGGCGCCAAAAGUGAUACUGCUGGUGACUGUCAUAACGAGGCCUUUGAAAGUGACGCUGAAGGACGUCAAGUUUCAGGUGUCCUCAUUCAUCACUCUCUCCGCGACAUCAAGUGUACUUACGGAAUCGCUGCUGCCAAUAAGGAGGAUGUGCAUGUGAGUCACAAGUUGCACUUUGACCCUAAAGGUAAUGGCCGUCUGCUUUGGGAUGAUUUGGCUGAGGACGGACAACUCACCUCUACUCCAGAGAGCCAGAGUAGGGGGAGAGAUAGCAUACCGAAGGCAGCAAUUUCUCUCUUCCUCCUUCUCUUGGUGCGUCUGGUCCGUGUAUUGGCCAACCUCAUCCUUCCCCCAGCUGGUCCAGACAAGCCACAGAGAAAGGGACAUGAAACUGCCACGGCCGUCUGCUCACAAAUAACAGUUCCUCCUGGUGGCAAGAAAGAGAUGGACUUCACACUUGCGUGGGAUAUGCCUGUUGUACACUUUAAAAACAAAGAGAAACUCUAUGGGAGACGAUAUGGUCGCUGGUUUGGAUACAAGGGUGAUGCCUGCCCUCGUAUGUGUAGCUUUGCUCUAGAAAACUACCCCGCCUGGGAACAGAAGAUAGAGGCGUGGCAGAAUCCGAUCUUACAAAAUAGCAAUCUACCAGCAUGGUACAAGUCAGCUCUAUUCAAUGAGUUGUAUUAUGUGAGUGACGGGGGAACCAUCUGGGCCGACCCCCUGGAGAGCAAGGACGGGGAACUGUGUAUCUACAAGGACAGCAGUGAAGCACCUGUCGUACAGGAAUACAGCAAGUUUGCCUACUUAGAAGGGCACGAGUACAGGAUGUACAACACGUACGACGUCCACCACUACGCCUCCUUUUCUCUCAUCAUGCUUUGGCCCAAGAUACAGCUCUCCCUACAACAUGACAUUGCUAAGGCAGUGAUGACAGAGGAUGCAACACCAAUCCAUUUCUGUAUGGAAGGAAUGCGAGGCAUCAAGAAGAAGGGUAAUUCUGUACCACACGAUGUCGGAGACCCAGAGGAUGAACCUUGGGCCAGUCUGAAUGCUUACAUCAUCCACCCCACAUGUGAAUGGAAAGACCUCAACCUCAAGUUUGUCCUCCAGACUUACCGGGACUUCAGUGAGACUAAGGAUAAGGAUUACUUACAGAGCAUGUACCCUGUGGCAAAGACAGUGAUGGAGAUUGCCCAGAACUGGGACACAGAUGGAGACGGCUUAAUUGAAAACAGUGGAUUUGCUGACCAAACAUUUGAUGCUUGGUCCAUGACAGGAGCCAGUGCCUACUGUGGAGGAAUGUGGCUGGCAGCUCUCAGAAUGAUGACAGAGAUGGGCAAAAUUCUUGGAAAAGAAGAUGAUGUGAAAAAAUACACAGAUAUCCUUGACAAAGGCAAAGUUUCAUUUGAAGCCAAGGUCUGGAAUGGGAAGUAUUACAAUUACGACAGCAAUCCAAGUGGUGGACACCACGACAGCAUCAUGGCUGACCAGUUGGCUGGACAUUGGUUCCUGAAGGCCUCUAGUCUGGCUGACAGCUCGUUAUUCCCAGAGGAUCAUAUAAAAAGUGCACUAGAGACUGUGUUCAAAUUUAACGUGAAAGGAUUUGGCAAUGGAAACAUGGGCGCCAUCAACGGGACACGGCCAGACGGUAGUCAAGACAUAACUAGUUGUCAGUCUGAGGAAUUCUGGGUAGGCGUGACCUACAGUCUAGGAGCCAGCAUGAUACAGGAGGGGAUGAUAGAGGAAGGGUUCCAGACAGCCUGGGGUGCCUACCAUGUCUGCUGGGAGUGGUAUGGCCUGGCAUUCCAGACUCCUGAAGCCUACAUGAUGGACAAGCACUACCGAUCUCUCGGCUACAUGAGACCACUGGCAAUAUGGUCAAUACAGUGGGCCCUGGAGAAGUUCCAGCCACAGCUUAUGUCCAGUUGAUGAUGAGGUCAUCUAGACUGACCAGUCAAGGUGAUGUUGUCCAAUCACUUAUCAACUGACCAGUCAAGGUGAUGUUGUCCAAUCACUCAUCAACUGAAUCAGUCAAUGGUCAAAAUCAUUGUGAGAAAUCAUUUACUGAUGAACAAUGGGUCCAGUCUUAAACAGAUAUCUUGAGUAAUCUAGCAACAUACUUAUAAAAUUUCAUAAUUUAUAUCACUAUAUUUUAAUAAUUUUAUACCUCACUGACCUUUUGAAAUGUAUGUAUCAUUCUUGUUUGCUCUUAAAUUUCUAGUGUUGUAAUUAUUGCUGAAAAUCUAUUGGAUCAAUGAAUUAAUUUUCUAAACAAAACAUCUGUACCUCAGGUAUGUGUUAUGAACCUGUGCUGGAAUGAAAACUUGAUGGAAACGGAAAAGAGUCUUCUAUUCACAACAAUGAAACUUAUAAGACUGUUAAGCUUUAAGAAAAUGUUUAAAUAUUGACCAGUAAUUAUUGUAACAUGUGUACAGUAAAACCUUGAUAUACCGCCACCUUCUGCACUCUGUCCUCUGUGAUUUUGGCAGUAUAAAGAGUUUGGCAGUAUAUCUGGUUAACCGUUUUGGACUCAAGUGUUCACACACUAACUGAACUAUAAAGAUUUUAUAAAAGGCACUGGUAAAAAGUAUCCUUCAUGUAUAGGAUUUGUACGUACAUUGUAAGUUCUCUGGCUUGUAGCAUCCUACAAGUCCCACCAGGACAUUUUCUGUAUGUUAUCUUGCUGCCAAACCAAACCUCAUUGAUAUGAAGUUUAUUUCAUUUACAUUUUGCAUUUACUAUAUAAUAAAAAGCAAUACAUAAUUGAAAAUGGAUUUGGAAACAAGUUUUAUGCAUAAAAUUUAUUUACACAAUGGAGCCAAAUUGCAAUUUUCCACCACUAUUUCCACCACUAUUCCAUUUUUUUUUAUCCUGAAAAGUUGAACUCUCCUCUUUUUUGUCUGAAUUAA